AUGUCAUUAUUUGCAUUCCUGUCUGUAUUAUGUGAUGGUUUUGUGGAUGAAGAAGAUAACGAAAGGCUUGGAAAAUCGUGUGAAGUGUACGUGUGCAACCUCCCCAGAAGCUGUGAUGCAGCAUACUUGCUUGACUUGUUCAGGCCAUAUGGGACCAUUCUAUCUGUUGAGGUUUGCCGAAAUGAUGAGACUAAUGAAAGUAAGGGGUGUGGUUACGUGACACUGGGAUCUGUAUAUUCAGCAAGAAAUGCAGUUGCUACAUUGGAUGGAUCAGAUGUUGGUGGGCGCGAAAUGAGGGUUAGAUUUUCAAUUGAGGUGAAUUCUAAAAGAAGGGGUUUUAAUAAAGUGAACUCUUCCACCAAGAGAAUCUUAUACUAUGAAUCUUCUCAUAAGUUGUAUGUUGGCAAUCUUCCUAAGACAAUGAGACCUGAACAAGUGAGAGAUCACUUUAGCAGAUUUGGAAAUAUAGUUGGUGCUAGAGUUAUGCUUGAUUUUAAACAAGGGAAAAGUCGAGCCUAUGCCUUUCUCUCCUUUCAAUCUCAGGCGGAACGUGAUGCAGCAAUGUCUCUCAAUGGAACAGAAUUUUAUGGUCGAACACUAAUAGUUAAAGAGGGUGUUGAGAGGACAGAGCCUUUAACUGAAGCUUCAGUGUCUGCAUAACAAUGGCAGCAAUUUUGGUUUUUCUCAAGGAGGAAGAUUUCUGGUGUGUAUAGCUGAGGCAUAUUUGCGAGGCUUCUACACUAGAAAAUGUUAGGUCAGAGAAGAGGUGAGGUGACCCUGUCACUGCGGCAGUUCAGCAAAAAUAUGGGUGAAUUCUAUUCUAUUUUUCUUGUAUUUCAAAUUGCAAUGAGUAAUAUGAAAGUGUUGUUGUUGAGUCAAAUUGAUCUUUGAAUUUAACGAUGGGGUGAAAUAGUGCUACUAUUGGUAGUACAAAUAUUGCAGAGCAUUGUGAAGUAGAACAUGAAUAACCUCAUUCAGAGUAAAGCUGGUACAUCAAGAACAGGUGCCUUAUUAUAGGUCACAGUAGCAUGUGUAAGUGUGUUUAGAAAUGGGACUGUUUUUAAUCUUGAAA